AUGCCCCACGCCCUAGCUCCCGUAGUUGAAGCCGAGAAUGACGCGCAAGAGCUUGAGCUCGGGGGAGAACAAGGGGAGGCGCAAGCCCUUUGCAACGAUAGAGAGGAUGGCGGAGGGGAGGCGGAAGGCGUGGGCGGAAGCGGGAGUGGCGGAGGAUGGGGGGAGCGGAGAGCGCAGCUGCUGCAGCUCGGAGCGGCCAGCUGGGACAGGCUGGUGCCGCGGCGAGUGCGGAGAAUCUUCGGGCAGGGAAUCAUGCCGCGCGCGUGGGGGUCGCAAGGGCCGAUAUUCGGGCUCGUGGACCGGCAAACCACGCCCGCAUCGGCAUGGGAGUGGUGCGUGCUCGUGCGGUGGCUGCGGUUAAUUAGCUGGGAAAAUCAGUCGCUAGUUGACACGUGGAAGUCUCGCCGCGUGGGGCGGUUGGAUUUCCUCCGCCACCCGCUCGUGCGGCCGGUGGUGCAGCUGCCGACGGAGGCGUUCGUGGGGCUGCUGUUCUGGACGAGCCUCAUGGCUUUCGUGCGCUCCGUGUACUGGUUCAUGCUCGCCGCGCAGGGCCUCACGUCACACAUCCUCCUGCUUGGUUACCUGCUCGUCCCAGGUCUCGUGCUAGGUCACGAGUUUCUCCACCAGCUGCUCUCCACCAAUCCCGUGCUCCGAGCGCUGCUCGUCUUAGGCGGCGUGGUCGGCGUGGGCGGCAGCAGGGAGGGCGUCGAAACCACUAUAUGGGGGGUUGCUCUUAGCGGAGCAGGAGUUGCCAUGGUAGGGUUAUACAUAGGGGAGGGGCUGUGGCUUGCGCCCCCUGCGCGCAGGCGGAGGGUCGGGUUCGGGCUCGCGGGGGGGCUGCUGCUGCUGCAGGCGCUGCAGUUGGCGUUCGGCGGGCGGAACCCGCUGCUCGCGCGCUGGUGGGGGCUGCUGCUGCUGGCGGUGCUCCCCGGCGCGUGGGUGGCGGCGCUGCUGCUGUAUGAAGAGUUGCGGGACUGGGAAGGGGAGGAGGAGGAGGGUCGGCGGAUGGUGGGCGGGAGCGGGAGCGCGGAGGGCGCGCAGGGGUACUGGCCGGCUGGGCGCGGUGGGCAGAGGUUGGAAGGGACUGUGUUGAGUGAGGAUGACUGGAGUGUGGAGUCGGAGGGAGGGUGGCGGGCGGCAGAGGAGGCGGGGUUGAAGCAGUGGGAUUCUGUGAACGUGUUGAAUGAGGGAGGUGUUAAGAGCGGUGAGCGGUGCAUGGAGAUGGUUGGAGACGGUCAGGAAAGGGCGGAGUUGAGGGCAGCAAAUGCAAGUUUCGUAGCAGUUACGGUUGAAAGGGCCCAAGAAGAGAUGCAGCAGCAGCAGCAGCAGAUGGGACAGCAACAACGGGAGGUCAUUCCAGCAUCAGUAAAAGCCCAAGCUGCCGAACCUGCUGCUGCCCGCCCAUUCAGCACAGGCUCGGGAUGCCUUGGAACGUCCUCCGAGCCUAACAGCCAGGGUUGGGGGGGCAGCGUGGACGAAUCGCACGACGCCUCGUCAUCGGCCUAUGACAGAUCACGCACUGUAUCCGCCUCGGCAGCAGCAGGUGCGGGAGGGAAUGCUGCCACAGGACCUGUCUGGGUGGCUGAUAUGCUGGGGGGGUUUAUGGAGGAAGAGGAGGAGGUGGAGAACGGUGGGGAGGGCGGGACUGUGGUGAUGAGUGAAAGUGAUAAUGACAGUAACGCUGGGGCGAGUGGAGUGGCGUGUGCGUGCCAUUCCCCACACGGGUGUGAGUGUAUAGGAGUGCUCUGUGCGGAGGGGACGCUUGGGGGUAAAUGCAAUUCCGAGGUAGAGGAAAGGGGAGUACCAGUGGAAAGAGCGGCUGUGAGAGAAGGGGAGGGGAGGGAGUGUACAGGAUAUGGAGGGAAGGCGGGAGCUGAGGUGCAGGGGAAUGGGGAGUCAGGUCGGCAGGGAGCAGCAGGGCAUGACUCGGAAGAGCAGAUCGAGGGACAUGGGCCAGAGCAGCAAGACGGGCGCUGCAGCGAGGGUACGCCUAAAUGUAACGAGGGUUCGCUAGAAGGCAAUGAGGGAUACCCUGAGUGGCGGGAGCCUGCGCGGGGAGUGCUGGGGUACUUUGGCCUCGAGAUUGGUUCUGUGGAGACGUCUGAAGGGAAGCUCAGAGCUGAGUGGCGCAGCAGCCGGCAGUGGGAGACGACUGUGGAGCUUAGCGAGUGCGACAGUAUGGGGUACAGGGCCGACGGCCGUGUGGAGGGGUAUGAGGCAGGGAACGGAGGAGGAAGAAGGGGAGAGGGGGGACGGGCAGAGGGAGGGGGAGGGGGAGGUGAAGGAGGGAUGGAGACGGUUGACGGAGCAGGAGGAGGUUGUGAAGGGUUGUGUGUGGUUCGGGUGCGCAGCAGAGAACGCAAGUGCUACAACGCUUGCCAGAACCUACCUCAUACCGGCCAGAGUGCGGCAUGGAAGGCAGCAGCAUCACUGCCGUGGGAGGGUCCGUGGGACAGACUAGGCAGUUUGGACAGAGCAGCUCUGACUCGAGAGGACGAAGAAAUGCUCCCUUUUCGGCAGAAACGCGCUCACUGGACGAAGCACGGGUGCCUGCGCACGUGUCAAGCCGCCAUUGGCCACGGCAGCCUCAUGUUCCUCUGCCAUUGGCUGCUCUCCUCGCCCUACCUGAUCCCCAGAUGGCUCUCUGCUCCCCCUGCCUGGGGUUUCAUCUCUGUAGUGUCACUCGCUUUAGGUAUAGUGCUUGCUGCAGAAGUUCUCAGAAUGCAUAUCCCUAAGCGCGUGCAUGCUAUAGUGGCGUUGGCUCUUGCUGUUUCUGGGUGCAUCUGGUUGCUUCUCUCCGGACCGUUCCAUCCCAUUCCUGCGCUUCAGGCUCGGCACGAGCCUGGGUCACGCUUCUGGCUGUCGUUUUCCCAAGCCAGUGGGUAUGUGUCAGACGAGCCUCAGGAUCUGGUCUACCUUCCUGGGCCUGUUACCGGACCUGUUGCCGGACCUCCUGCUGCUGCCUCGACAUCGCAAGUUAGCACAUCCACAUUCUCCGAACCAGCAGCAGUUGCAGCCAGAGCAGCAGCAGCAGCCGAAGCUGCAGGUUUCCGAUCCUAUCUUCUUGGUGCUCCGCUCCUAGCCAUGGCAAUCCCGAGCCUGUGGGUUGUGCUGGCACAAAAUAUGGGUGGGGCGUAUCCGGGCCUAGGAGCAGCAGGUUCGGCAAUCUGGUAUGUUGUCCUGCUGGUUUGGAGUGCAGCCUUGGUGGCAUACGAAAAGCUCGGACCUCUUGGCUUGCUUCGGGGGAGCUUGCCGGUCCUAAUGGUGGUGGCGAUGGGAGGAGUGGCUUGGGGAAUAUGGCGGGCCCCUGAACCUAAAGGCGAGGGACGGCGGGGCGACCUGGCGGUUCGGACGGAGUGGUGGAGGCUCGGGCGGCUCGCGUGGGGCAGCGGCGUCCCGGAUCGAAUGGCGCUAUUAGCUCUUCUGCUGAUUCUCCUCCUCCUCCUCCCCUUCCCCCUCCUCCUUCAAUACGCCUACGCCCCUUCCUCCUCCCCAACCUUCGUCAGCAGCUUCGGCAGCAGCAGCAGCAGCAGCAGCAGCACCAGCUCCGGCAGUUCUGGCAGUGCCGAGCCUGGCUCGGAGGCUUGGGUGCAGCUUCGGGUGCUCAACUUCAAUGUGCAGCAGGGGUUCAGCCGUGCAGGUUCAGUGAACCUGGACGCCAUCGAGCAUGUCAUAUGGCAGCAGAAGCCGGACAUUGUACUGCUACAGGAGUCGGACACAAUGCACAUGAUCCACGGCAAUGUUGACAUGGUGCAGUACCUCGCAACAUGGCUGGGCAUGCACGCGUGGUCCGCCCCUCCCGCCCGCCACCAGUCCUGGGGCUGUGCCAUCCUCUCGCGCUUCCCCCUCCUCUCCGCCUCGCCCUCCCAGUCCCUCCCCUCCCCUCAUGGCGAGCUCGCCUGCUUUCAGCACGCAGUGAUUCUCCUAGGCGCUGGUAACAUGCUUCCCGGAGGUGGUAACAUGGUUACCAACAGGGGCGCAGCUGGGUGGGGUAACCAGACGAGUGGGGUCGUGUCUGGUUACCCUGUUCACAUCAUGAACGCGCAUUUCAGCGAUCUUGAGGUGGAUAUUCGGUUGGAGGCUGAGCGGGCGGCGUCGCUUGUCCGUAGUGUGCUGCAGGCGGGAAAGGGCGGGGAGCAUGGUGCGGGAGGGGAGGGUGAGAAGGAGGAUAAAGCGGAGAGAGAGGAGAGGAGGACUCAAGAAGUGGGAUUCCCAAGGGGAAUGGGAACAGCAGGUGAACUGUCAGGUGGAUUGGCAGGUGAACUCCCAGGGGAACCGUCAGGAGACUUCAAUCUUCCCCCGCUCUCUCCGCCCUACCUCUCUCUCCUCGCCCCGGGUCUCGUAGACUCAGAGGCUGAGAGGAUGGGCGCGUGGAAGAGCAUGGGGGACCGGGACCCGGGGGCAGGGUAUGUGUUUGUGUCGCGGGGGAACGUGGAGUGUGAGGCGUGGGCAGAGCCGAGGUAUGACCAGAGGAAGACGUCUGAUGGGUACCCUGUUGUGGUGGAUGUGAGGGUCACUCUCCCUGCUGCUGCUGUGUGA